AUUCAUCAGAUUAUGUGUCCACCAGCUUUUCCCAUUGUUUCAGAGUUUAGAAACUUUGGCGUUAGUGGAGACUCAAUGGUAUUAAACAUGAGAGAGGUGACGUGUCGGGGUGACACACGUGGAGGAGCUCAGCUUGAAUAUUGCCAAGUCAAUCAUCGAUUCUUAUGCUAAUAAUAAAUAAAUUUCUUGUCAGUCGCUACUGCACCUGCUGGCUGUCAAAAUAAAAGUUGAAAUAUUUAAAAACAAGCCCACUCCUCAGAAUAAGUUAAUUAAUCUUGUGGGGACCAGUUGUACUGAUUGUUGAUAGUUAACAGGACGAAAAAAUAAUGGGAGGCAGCCAGUCUGUGGAGAUUCCGGGUGGUGGAACUGAAGGGUAUCAUGUGCUUAGAGUUCAAGAAAACAGUCCAGGGAGUCAAGCUGGAUUGGAGGCCUUCUUUGAUUUUGUCAUUUCCCUCAACAAGGUGCGCUUAGACCAGGAUAACGACACAUUAAAGGAAAUUCUAAAAGCCAAUGUUCACAAACCGAUAGAAAUGCUGGUAUACUCGAGCAAAUCUCAAACGGUUAGAAAAUUGGAUAUAAAGCCUUCUGACAAUUGGGGUGGGCAAGGCCUUCUCGGAGUGUCUAUUCGAUUUUGUUCAUUUCAAAAUGCAUCAGAGAACGUAUGGAGGAUCCUUGAAAUUCAACCAAAUUCUCCAGCCGAAAAAUGUGGCCUUAUUUCAUACACUGAUUACGUGAUUGGUGCGGACUCUGUUCUUCAUGAAUCAGAAGAUUUUUACAGUUUGGUAGAAGCACAUCAUGGACGUCAACUUAAGCUAUAUGUCUACAACUUGGAAACUGAUAAAUGUCGGGAUGUUAUCAUCAUUCCUGACUCAUCCUGGGGAGGGGAAGGAAGUUUGGGGUGCGGAAUUGGGUAUGGGUAUCUACAUAGAAUCCCUCACACCAUGGCUCCACAAGAGACUGCUGUUGGAGAAUCUGGAGAAAGUCAAGAACAAGUUGACAAACGCAAAAAAACUUUCUCAUCCGCAUUGGGUAUAGCUACUGAGGAAGGACAAGAAGCACUGCCUCAAACGCCUAAUUUGCAACCUGUUACUAGACCUGACUUGAAUGGAUCAAAUAGCAGCACCACUGGCGGUAUUGGUGGUUUUGUUCAGUCACCACCUACGUCAACUCCAGCUCCGCAAACCCCUUCGGAAACAAAUGUCGUUUCAUCGCCUGCUGCUGUUGAAAUCCCCGGAAUGCCGCCACAAAUUACGACACCUCUUUCAAUUCCUGGAAUGCCACCAAUCACUGUAUCUGCCCCCGUCAUGAUGCCACCUCCGCCAUUUUCCUCAGCCGCUCCUCCGACUGCAGCUCCUCCACCCACACCAAACGAUCCUUCAUGGUUUGCAAACGCUGCUCAAAAUCAAGCAUUUCCCCAAACGGGUUACUACCAGCCACAAGCACCGCCUCAAUUUACGCCUCAAAUGUACGGUCAAUAUAACCCUCAGCCAUCAGGGUCGAGUUAUAGUCCUAAUGCUACCCUCCCUGUUCAGAAUGUCCCUCUAUUUAAUCCGGUUGCACCAAAUAUUAAUGAUAAUAAUGCUCCCACUAACUCGAAUUUCAUAAGGAUAUUCGACCCAACGGCACCGCCAACAACAACCACGUCUACAAACCCAUGAUCGAGUGGAAAACCUAUUUAUAUCUAGGUUUUUUGCAUCUUCUAUAUAUUUAUAUGUAAUUACUGCAAGGCCGUUUUAUCAUAAAACGUGUGUAAAUACUAUUUUAUUGAGAGAAACUAAUUAUCUUUUUUCCUGUUCAAUCCACUUUCAUCGGAAUUAAUUAUUUGUGCAACUGUCAAAAAACAUGUGGGGUUAAUUUGGUCCGUGUAGUUUGGUGUUGACGAAAAAUCGUUACUAUAAUAAAAUAUAAAAUUGCAA